ACGGCUUUUGGAGCAAGAGGGCGUGUAAAAUCCUUGUGCGUGGACUUCCAUUGAUUCUGUGAUCCAAAACAAAGAUGCAUCUACAAUGAAUGUUUCUCCUGAAGGAGAGACUGUAAACUCUCUGACAAGAACUCUGUUUAAAAACACAAACCCUUAAGCGGAACAAGGAAUAAGAGACGAUACCACAAUGUACAUUAAUCCUCGAAGAGGUAGAAAAUGCCAAUUAGGGCAAAUAUUUGCCACUUGUUUCAUACUGUCUCUCAUGAUAUUUUGGGCACCACUUGAUGACAGUAAUAUUGUGAGCCACGUGAAGUCUUACUCGUAUAGAUACCUCAUCAAUAGCUACACUUUUGUGAAUGAAAGCCUAUCCAUCAACAGGGACAGGACAACAAGCUAUCAAUACUUGAUCAAUCACCCGGAGAAAUGUCAGCGGCAAGACGUCCUCCUCCUGCUGUUUGUGAAGAGUUCGCCUGAAAACCGCUACCGCAGAGACGCAAUUCGACAAACGUGGGGUAACGAGAAGUAUGUCAGUUCCCACCUUAACGCCAACAUAAAGACCCUGUUUGCUUUGGGGCAGAUGAAAGACUCUGAGCACAGAGAGCAAAUGCAGAAGAGGCUUCAGAUGGAAGACAAGAAGUACGGCGACCUGAUUCAGCAGGACUUCUUGGACUCGUUUUACAAUCUGACCAUUAAACUGCUCCUGCAGUUCAGCUGGGUAAACAAGUACUGCCCUCAUGCCAAGUUCAUUAUGUCGGCAGACGACGACAUUUUCAUUCACAUGCCAAAUCUCGUUGCAUACCUCGGAAACCUCGCACAGAUAGGCGUUCAGGAUCUCUGGAUCGGGCGUGUCCAUCGCGGAUCACCCCCUGUGAGAUACAAGGGCAGCAAAUACUAUGUCCCCUAUGAAAUGUACCCGUGGCCUGCUUAUCCUGAUUACACGGCCGGGGCUGCUUAUGUGAUAUCCAGCGACGUAGCGGCUAAAGUGUACAUGGCCUCACAGACGCUCAAUACGAGCCUUUACAUCGACGAUGUCUUCAUGGGUCUCUGUGCCAACAAGAUGGGGGUGGUGCCGCAAUAUCACCAGUUUUUUUCCGGGGAAGGGAAGGCCCCGUAUCAUCCUUGUAUUUAUAACAAAAUGAUGACCUCUCACGGCCACGUGGAAGACCUUCACUACCUUUGGAAGCAGGCUACUGAUCCCAAAGUGAAAAACGUUUCUUCCGGGUUUUUUGGUAGAAUGUACUGCAAAAUAGUUAACAUCAUGCUGCUAUGCAGGAUAUAUUAUCAGGACACUUAUCCCUGCACAGCUGCACUGUUCUAAUACUUGAAUACCAACGUGGACUUACUGAGC